UUUUAUUCUGUGUCUUUUGGCCGCUUGUAUUUCUGUUUCUUAAGAUACACUUCUUCCUUUACUCUUCCUGUGGCGUUCCAGAGGUCUUUGUUUGCUUCUGUUGUUUGUGUAAGGGAGUAAGUGCACUCUGCAGCUUUAUACAGAAAGGGGUGCUUGAGUUGAUGGAAUUGUGUAGUGAGCAGAAAUAGGAGCUCAGCAUCUUAUUGUUACAGUGCUCUGUUGUGCACUCAAGUGUUAGAAACCGGGUCAGUUCUUUAGGAUGUCUUAACUGCUAAAGCAGUUAAUUUCCCUCUUAGAAACACGUCUUUUCAUGUGUAAUUUCUCUGUUCUGAAGCAGUCUUCUGUUACAGUAAGUUCAGAUCUCAGAUUACCACCUGCUCCUCUGAUCCGGCAACUCACUGAGAUGAAGCUGAAAGUAGUCCUAAGGAUCAGGGCAGUUUCAGUUGUUCCACAAGGCCGUAAGGGCUGGCUGAGCUGCCCAGCACAGUGCGUGCUGCCAUGGAACUCGUGCUGCUGAACUCUUUCAAGGUCAUAACCUUUGAAGAUCACUUCAGCAUAAAACGCUGUGUCCUUGCUGCAGUACUCUGGAUGCUGAUACCUGAAAUGGGUGAUAAUCUCUGUGUUCUGCAUGUGAAGCUGCUGGGCAUUUUGAUCUUCCUCCUUUACCUUUGGAAAAAUGGUGGCCUUUUAUUGUCCGAGCUGAAAUGAUUCCUGUCGGCUUGGGAUCAGUGCUUUGGUGGUUCAGCAGCCGGAAAACAUCUGCGUCCAAUUUCCUUGCAGGUCCUUGUGUUCACUACUGCUAUAUCACAGAGCAACAUGGGCAGCUUUCAGUCUAAAUCUGUAACUUCCAGAUCUCCUGUAGAUAACCUUUGUGCCUUCGUGUUGUGAAUGGUUUGCUGAGAAACCUGCGGCUUCUCCCAUGGUGGAGGAAGUUGUUGCAAAACAAAUGGCUGCACUGUGAGUAACACCUCCAGGAGAGGAAAAAUCUGCACCUCUUGGUCUGAAUAGUGAGGAUUUCAGAGGGGAAACUUUAUUUGAGACUUUCAUUUCGAAGCUGCACGUUCUUCAAAAGUCUUAUUGCUGCGAACUGAGGAUGUCUUUUUCAGCUUCUGAAUUACUUCAUGACUGUACUGUAGGUGGAUUUACUCAAAACACACUGAAUUUAAUCAAACCUUGUUUUUUUUUUAAGUGAAAGUGAAACUGAAUAGAAAGUCAACGCCAUUUCUCAUUUUUGAGACUUUUCUAUAAGUAGUGGAAGAAAAAUGGGUAAAAGAUGUGUUGUUAGAAAUUAAGGAGUUCAGGAUGAAUGUGUACACACAUAGUGAAGGAACGGGGUGGUGGAAGGAAUAGGAGGAGGUGGUCAUUUAAGAUGGCCAGUGUGAGAACCUGGGGCCCAAACUUUGUGAGAAACAAAAGUAAUUUAUGUGGAACCAGAACUCAAUUAGUUCUAUUGGGAGUAAUCAGUUUGCCAUAAAAAACAAAGUCAUUCCGUAGUGUUUGAGAAAUCAGCCUUAGGCCUUACCUGGGCCUCCAUUUGGCAGCUGUGUAUCUGUAGGAUUCAAAUCCCUUGCUUUUGUUGUCUGCCUUUACAGAAAGCUCUUGUGCAACUUUCAGGUACAGUUUUAUCAUUGUCCACAUUUGUCUGGAAAUCUGUUAACGCUUUGGCUUUAAACUUAUUUCAGGGUAGCUUCAUAUUUUCAAAUCUCGCUAUGUCCAAAUUUCUGACCACAGAUCUUAAAAAUGUAUGUCUGAAAGCCUGUCUGUUCCUGUUGUAGCUGAAAUUACGUGAAGAGCAAUUAGUGUAAUACUUUCAGCUGAGCUAAAUCGUAUCUGGAUCUUGAGAUGGCUCUGUUCAGCCGCACUCAUCUUGUUGCUGGGACUCAGUUGAUGGCACCCUUGCUUAAAAGCCAGCAGACCUCGGCUGCUGGGAGCUUCUCUCUGCUGGAUGCUGAUGUGAGAUCCUUCCUAAGCAAUCGGUGCACAAACCUGACCACGUGGGAGUUAAAGUUCUUCAGUCUGAUUUUUAGCCCUCUCCUCUGCCUUCAUUUGUUUCCUACUUCCGAUCCGAGAGAGUGGGGAUGGUUGUGAGUGGAGCACAGCAGCUGAAGGGGGAUGUGACAGAACAGGGAGUUAUGUCACAGAUGUUUAACCCUGGGUAAAUGACUCAGAUGAAGUUUCCCUAACUCCAGCUCUCGGCUUGCUGACACCAGAAUCGGUCACCAGCACACAGGUGUCCUUGUGUUCUCCUUCGUGCUUUUCCAUAAGACUGCCUGCCUCUGUUUCUUUGUCUCGUUGUCCCCCCCAUUUUCCUGUUUUUAUUUUUCUCCUGCUUGCUUCUUUCUUCUGCGGGGCUUUGCAGCAGCACGGUGAGGUUGUGCAGGUGAGGUUGUGCAGCUCCGUGUGGUCGCAGCCCUGCAUCUAAUCAGGCUCUGCAGCCCAGUUCGGUGCUAGGCUGGGCUGUUAGGUUUUGUUCUCUGGUAAUCUCUGCAAAGCAGUGGACAAUGAGCUGCCAAUUGAAAAUUGUGACAAGAGGAUUAACGAGCAUCUGUUCAAAGAGAAAGGGUUGUUUUGGAAAGCAGAGAACUUUCCUGAUAGAGCAAAAUCCUGACUUGUGCAGUCCUUUACCAGCAGGACACGCCGUGCCUGGCCACAGGGCUGCCUGCUGCCUCGCUGUGACGGUCUGCUUUGUAAAGCUCUGCAACACCUGGCUUGAUGAAGAGGCUGUUAAGUUUGGUUUCACACCAUUCUGUGAGUGCAUGAAAGAAAGAGGAGGAAGUUUUGCGUAGAGAUGGAGUAAGGACUGUGGAGCUGUGUGAAGAGUACCAGCUGUAUGUAAGACAACACGUGAUGCUGGAUGGAUAUGACUGUCUUCUCUCGUUUGAAUUAACUCUUGGUUUUUAUAGCAGUCCUGAAAUGCUGUUUGUUAGUCCUCAGGAUGUUCAGCUGUCCUGGAUGCCUGCUCAGCGUUUGCCUCUGCCUCCCCUGUUCUCGUUUCGCCGUUUCCCUCUGCAGCUCUCUGCAGUGCUUUUGUGUCUUCUGCCUCAGAUACUUCAGAACUUCUUUUCAUCCCAUGUUUCUCAAUCUCAGUCUUAACCAAAUGCUGCACAAUUAAACUUGCUAGGAGGUAACUCCAAAAUAUGUGGGUUUUAUACCCACAUGUGAAAUAUAGGUUUAAAGGUACCAACAACAAAAUGUACAGAAAAUUGAGUAAGGCAGACAUUUUCAGGGAAUUCUGGCUAGGUUGCGGGUGCUGUUUCUCUUGCAGUAGUCAUUAUUUUUCUCCAUGGAAGUGUAAUUUCGUAACAGUGCUACUUUUGUGUGUAAUAUGAGAAGGAAAUGGGAGGUGCUUUGCAGCGGAAUGAAAACAAAGUGGAAAAGCUUUAUGCAGUGCUGGAACAGGGCUCUGAAUUGAGCAGGCAGCUGGGCUAGAGGCGCACACGUAACCUUGACCUUUUUCCUUGUUUCCAGUACAAGAGAAAUUGCCUUCUGCACAACUGGACUCUUCAAGGAAAAAUCCUUGCUUUUGUUUUACCCUUUCCAUUCCUCCCUAAAGUGCCUGCUCUUAGGAGCUGGUUUUGUUUGGAGCUGUGUGAUUUCUGCCUGUUUCUUCUUUAAGCCAUAAGGAACUGAGGAGCAGUGCAAAAGCAAAACAUGUCUGCGGAGAUUUGGAAGGACUUUAUUGCAUCAGGGGUACAAGAACAACAUGUCCCUCAUGGAAUGGUUUCAUGUGUGUCAGAUUGCUUUGUAUUUUGUGUCUGUGUCCCAGGGCUGAAGGACUAUGGGAGGGAAGGAAGUAAAGUAUCGCAGCUUAUUCCUGCUCUGCAUUAAAACAAAUUUCUGACGUACAACCAUUAGCCUAUAAAAUAUACUGCUACAAACUUGGAAUAAAUGCGGUUAAAUCAGGCAUUUGAGCGCUAGGUUGGGAUGUCUGAGUGAGGACACUGGGUGGAUAAACAUCUCCUGAGUGCUGGCUAGGAUCUUUAACUGCCACGUGUGUCACGGUACCAGAAGUGCCGGGAGCGAAGCAGAGCAGCACAGCAACAAGAGCCACAGCUGCCACUGCCUGCGGGGCUGCAUGGGGCCCAGUGCCAUCUACUGACUCCCAGGUCUCUUCCUGCAGGUUUCCCUUGGGCUCCCAGCCCAGAAAUAAGCCUGACCUUGUUUAGCUUGAGGUCUGAAGGUACGGGCUGAUGUCACAGCUGCAGUAUAACAGUAAAGAUUCGCUUCCUGUGUGCUGCUAUCCGUAUAACUGCAAUUUGAGCAAGAGGUCUUAUUUACUUCCUGAAAAAUUUGAAACUUGUUUUUCUUAUUCACAUCUAUCUUCACAUCGGUAAUUUGAUUUUUAACUGCAUAAAGAUUGAAAUAUUGUGGUUGGUCUUGUUUACCAGAUCUUACAGCAGAAACUUGUUACCCAAACUUCAAUUGCUUUUAACUUCCUUUCGUCCUAUCCUGUGGUGGUAUAGGUUUCAUUUUCAAGUGUGUGUUAUAUGCCAAAGUCAUCUCUGAUUCUGGGCACUGAAGGUUUUUUUAUGGUCUUCUCACAGAGUGUAGUGCAGCACUGCAGGUUAUAAAGAAAGCCAUAAAACAGAGGUCAGGGCUUAUAUGCUAGUAAGCUUUAGAUGCUUUUAGACAUCCCAAACUUCUGAAAUUCACUUGUCUUCAGUAUGAAAGUAGUUUGUUUAUUUUUUUUGUUUGUUUGUUUUGUAGAAGAGUGGUAGUAUGUAUAGGAAAUACUGCUGUAUUUUUAUCUGAAACAAUAUUUGUAGGUUCUGGGUACUUCUUGUAUCUGUUUUAUUAUAUGAUGAAAGCCUUAUAAGAUUGAGAUCUUUAAUGUUUUAGAUCAACAUGAUGCAUAAGUUUAAAACUGCAUCUGUUUAAAGGGAUUUAUGACUAAAACUGCUUGUUUUUCUACAGAAUUGUCUGGUGUUUCUCAGCUUGAAGAAGAUCUGCAGUCAUUAUUGAUCCUCUUUCUUGGCGUUACCGCUUUCGAAGUGAAGUUUGCCUAGCUUUGUAGUGCGAGCUUUCUUUUCAGCCAUCUUAAACCAAACCAAACAAACAAACAAAGAUUUUGAUCCGUAAAGUAGACAAGCUAUAGCUCUACAAUGUCCAAGUCAUUCCAGCAGUCAUCUCUGAGUAGGGAUUCACAAGGUCAUGGGCGUGAGCUCUCUGCAGGAAUAGGCCUUCUUGCUGCUGCUACCCAGUCUUUAAAUAUGCCAGCAUCUCUUGGAAGGAUGAACCAGGGUACUGCACGCCUUGCUAGCUUAAUGAAUCUUGGAAUGAGUUCUUCAUUGAACCAACAAGGAUCUCAUAGUGCACUGUCUUCUGGUAGUACCUCUUCCCAUAAUUUGCAGUCUAUAUUUAACAUUGGAAGUAGAGGUCCGCUCCCUUUGUCUUCUCAGCACCGUGGAGAUGCAGACCAGGCCACUAACAUUUUGGCCAGCUUUGGUCUGUCUGCUAGAGACUUAGAUGAACUGAGUCGCUAUCCCGAGGACAAGAUCACUCCUGAAAACUUGCCUCAGAUCCUUCUACAACUUAAAAGGAGGAGAGCUGAAGAAGGUUAUGGUAGAGAUGGCAGAUCAUCCACACGGGAACCACCGUACAGAGUACCUAGGGAUGAUUGGGAAGAAAAAAGGCAUUUUAGAAGAGAUAGCUUUGAUGAUCGUGGUCCUAGUCUCAACCCGGUAGUUGACUAUGACCAUGGAAGUCGUUCUCAAGAAUCUGGUUAUUAUGACAGAAUGGAUUAUGAAGAUGACAGAUUGAGAGAUGGAGAAAGGUGUAGGGAUGAAUCUUUCUAUGGUGAGACUUCGCAUAACUAUCAUAAAUUUGACAGUGAGUAUGACAGAAUGGGUCGUGGCCCUGGUCCCGAGAGAUCUCUCUUUGAGAAAAAGAGAGGUGCUCCUCCAAAUAGCAAUAUUGAAGACUUCCAUGGAUUCUUACCGAAGGGUUAUCCCCAUCUGUGCUCUAUAUGUGAUAUGCCAGUUCAUUCUAAUAAGGAGUGGAAUCACCAUAUCAAUGGAGCGACUCAUGGCCGACGUUGUCAGCUGCUGCUUGAAAUAUAUCCAGAAUGGAACCCUGACAGUGAUUCAGGACAUGGAAUGGGUGAUCCCUUUAUGUUGCAGCAGUCUACAAAUCCUGCACCAGGAAUUCUGGGACCCCCACCACCUCCAUUCCACCUGGGAGGGCCUCCUGUUGGGCCAAGAGGAGCUGGAAAUGGAAACAUGCAAGGACCGAGACACAUGCAGAAAGGCAGAGUGGAAACGAGCAGAGUUGUUCACAUCAUGGAUUUCCAGAGAGGGAAGAACUUGAGAUAUCAAUUGCUUCAGCUUGUUGAACCGUUUGGAAUAAUCACAAAUCACCUGAUUCUAAACAAAAUCAAUGAGGCAUUUAUUGAAAUGUCAACCACUGAAGAUGCUCAGGCUGCAGUAGAGUACUAUUCAACAACACCUGCACUGGUAUUUGGCAAACCAGUCAGAGUCCACCUGUCACAGAAAUACAAAAGGAUAAAGAAGCCUGAAAGUAAACCUGACCAAAAAACGGAGCCACCAAAACCAGAACUUGGUCGUGUGAUUCACCUCAGCAAUUUACCUCAUUCAGGCUACUCUGAUAACGCAGUGCUCAAACUGGCUGAACCAUAUGGAAAAAUUAAGAACUACAUACUCAUGAGGAUGAAGAGCCAGGCUUUCAUUGAAAUGGAGACAAGAGAAGAUGCUUUAGCGAUGGUUGAACAUUGUGCCAACAAAGCUCUUUGGUUCCAAGGCAGAUGUGUGAAAGUGGAUCUAUCUGAAAAAUACAAGAAAUUGGUGUUAAGGAUUCCAAACAAGGGAGUCGAACUUCUGAAAAAGGAUAAAACUAGAAAGAGAACGUAUUCUCCAGACAGCAAAGACUCUCCAAGUGAUAAGAAGUCUAAGACUGAUGCUACUCAGAAACCCGAAAGUGGCACUGUAGAGGACAAAGCAAAAGAGGAGAAGCAAGAUGAUGCUGCUGAGCCAUCAGGCACUAAAAGCAGUGAGCAGGCAGACCAAGAUGAGCCUAGUUUACUCCUUGAGUCUGAAGACGAGCUCCUAGUGGAUGAGGAGGAAGCAGCAGCACUGCUGGAAAGUGGCAGCUCAGCAGGAGAUGAUGCAGAUGUUGCCAAUUUAACUGAUGUGACUGCUGAAGAAAAAAAGGACCCAGCUGAUGAUGUGACCGUAAAAACCGAGGGAAAUGUUGUGGCCAACCCAGCAACAAAGAAAAAGCUUAAAAAGCGAUACGUGGGUGGCUUUCCACGGAGCAUGGAAGGCUUUGUCACUCUAGAUGAGGUUGGUGAUGAGGAAGACUCAGAUCAUCAGAAACUCCGGAAGUCGGGUUUGGCAGUAAAAUCUGCUGGCAAAAAUGAUGAUAGUUUGGCAGAAAUCAAAGUAGACAAGAUUGAGGAGCCAGAACAAGAAAAUGAAACGUUAGAAAAUGGUACCAAGAGUGAAGAUAAUCUGAAGGCUGAAGCUGUUGAAGCUUCCGAUCCCACAGCAGCUCAAGAUCCUGAGAAAAAUGCCCAUGAAAAUAUGGACACCCAGGAAGAACAGGAAACAAAGAAUGUCCAAGAGAAAGCUCUUAUUCCAGAUGAAUUUAGGAUUGGGCCAUACCAGCCAAAUGUUCCUGUUGGUGUGAAUUAUGUGGUACCCAAAACAGGGUUUUAUUGCAAAUUGUGUUCCCUGUUCUACACAAAUGAAGAUGUUGCAAAAAAGACCCAUUGCAGCAGCCUUCCUCAUUAUCAAAAGUUGAAGAAAAUUCUGGAUAAAAUGGCAGAAGACUACAGGCAAAAGAAAGAAGCGUAAAAAGAAGGAUGGAUGUAAGGAAAACAGUGGCUUUGUUCUUAAUGUCAAUCUUUUUUUAAAAGCAGUACAAGUAGUAGAUGGAAAUACUGUAUUCUUUUUUUUUUGUUUUAGUGAGAUACAGUAGGUGUUAUAGGUCUGUUCAUGUGUUCAGUGUUGUAGCAAAAAGCAUAAGCAGUUAAGUUAAUGAAAAAAAUUUGUUCUUAAUGUGGGAAUGGCAACAAGUUUUCAUUUUGACACUGAGCUGUUAAAGAAAAAAUCUUGCAUCCUUGUGGAAAGCUCAUCUAUGGCAAGAAAAUUUCCUUGAAGUGAAAUUUACUACUUUCAAGCUUCGAAAAUUCGUCUAUCCAUUCUCAAUAAAAAAUAAAAAGUAACACUGUAUUUUUAUUUCAUCUAGAACAUUCCGUAUUUCAGUCUGAGCCUAGCAGAUACUUAAUUUGGAGUGUAAGGCUGUCAUUGCAUUUCACUUUUGAAAAGUCUUUAAAUGUAAGUUGCAUUUUUAAAUGUUGAAUUGCAGUUUCUUUUAAUGUCGUUGUUACAUAGCAAAUAGGAAGAUUAGUGAUUAGUCAGCUUUACAACUUUGUGAUUUUUUUCCUAAGCUCUUGAUAGACUCUCCUAUUCAGCUAUACCUUGUAUUUUUAGUGAAAAGUAAAUGCCCAUUCUCCUCUGACCAGUAUUAUUUUCUCAAGCUCUUCCUGCUUUCACUUGAAUCUUGCAGCUGUCGUACACCUCUGCUAUAUUCAAAAGCAGCAUUUGAGUCCUGAAAUGUAAAAAGUAAAAAAAAAAAAAAAAAAACAAAAAAAUCAAAAAAAGCAGUAUCUUUAUAUUCUUCACAUGUAAUUUUUCAUACCUGCAUUUUAAAACUGUUUCUGUUGAUCUGGUUUUGUCAAGAAUCUUUUAGAACUGUGCUCUUAAUGUACCUGCACAUGUGAUAUGUGAACAGGAAUUUGCAUGUGUAACCUGUGUUUAUCCGUAGUUUUUGUUAUUUACUGCUUAUUUGUGAAUUCAGGUUACUAAAGUGAUUUACCAAUAAACAAAGCUAGGCAACAGUAACUUGUACAGAU